GGUCGAUGCAACGGUAGUGCGAAUAAAACCUUACCUAACACCUUCUUUAAAACCGGGUAGCCGGCCAAUAUUGGUGCUAAAAGGCUUGGAAGCGGUCGUGGCCUUUGCUGGCUGCAGAAGAGACUUCAAGUACAAUCCAUCAGUGAAAGUCCUGUCCCAAACCAAAAAGUCGAAAUGGAUAAUCAAGCAUUCGAAGAACUAAGAGAAAACACGCCCAACGUACUGGAACAUAGAAAUAUCCAUGUUGAUACAGAAAUCGGGCUGGCGGCCACUGAGGCCAGUGUACAGCGAAGAGGCUAUCAAGGUCAAGUCCUUUCCACUGUACACGAAUUGCACAAUUCAGCAUUCGACAACAACCAAAAGGACCAGAAAUCAUCGGACCAACCUAACACUGGAAGUCGAUUUCACGUAUCGGCCGUUAGCCCCGGAAGUGGGACGGAAAAUGUUCAGCUGGGACCUGCCAAGAUAGAAAACAACAUCGUCUUUGACAAAGAAACACAACUAGAUACGAAUCGAAAAUCAAGGAUAGCGACCUUCAAUUCCCAGGAGAGAAAUCGAAAAAUGAGCCGUGAUGUUAUUCCGAGUAUAGAACAUUACCGAACGAAUCCUCUACUUCAAACAACCGCCAGACGGCCUACCAUGCACGAGCUAUGCCAUCAGUUAAGCGAGGAAGUAUCACUGCAAGAUUUCGACGAGACAUUAGCAAAGGGUAGCGAAAAUGAAGCUGAAGAUGAAAAGGUCACGGAAAAUGUGAAGUUUGGCUGGAUAGAAGGAGUUCUUAUCCGCAAUAUGAUGAGCAUUUGGGGUGUUAUGCUCUUUUUGCGGCUUUCGUGGGUAGUCGCUCACGCAGGAAUAGGUGAGACGUUGGUUAUUAUCGCAAUUUCGACCUUCAUCACUUUGGUAACGGCCCUAUCCAUGUCCGCCAUUUCAACUAAUGGCGAGAUUGGUGGAGGUGGUACUUAUUUCGUCAUGUCAAGAGUGCUGGGACCAGAGUUUGGUGGUUCAAUUGGAAUCAUCUUCGCAAUUGCGAAUGCAAUGGAUUGCUCGCUCAAUGUGGUUGGAUUCGCCCAAGCUGUACAGGACAUGAUGAUGGAGUAUGGUGGAUAUAUUCUUUUCGAUGGGGCCUAUAACGAUAUCCGUGUCAUUGGCACAAUUACAAUGAUAUUCGUUUGCGCUAUUUGUGGUCUCGGAGCCCAGUAUGAAACUAAGAUGAAAGACAUCAUGUUUGUUAUUAUGCUGGCAUCGUUAGUAAAUUUCUUAGCUGGCAGCAUAAUGGGACCAUCUUCCGAGUUGGAAGAAGCGAGAGGAUUUAUUGGAUACAGCAUGGACCUACUUGCUGAAAACUGGGAACCAGCUUAUACCGUCACUAGUGGUCAACUGCAAAAUUUUAUUUCCGUCUUCUCCGUUUACUUCCCUGCCUGUAUCGGUAUUCUAGCUGGGGCCAACGUUUCCGGUGAGCUAAAGGAUCCAAACACAGCUAUUCCUAAAGGAACUAUAUUGGCUAUCAUCAUUUGCAGUAUUUCUUACGCAGGAGUGGCUAUUAUUUGUGCUGCAACGAUGGCCCGUCAAGCUACUGGAAACGUCAUGGACUUGGUAAAUGGAACGCAUUUAAAUUGUACGUCCUCAGUCAAUGGUACCGACUGUCGCAGUGGACUUUACUACGACUAUCAGGCAAUGUCCUUGGUGUCUGCCUUUGGCCCACUUAACUAUGUGGGUUGCAUAGCAGCUACAAUCAGCUCAGCGCUGUCGGACUUUGUUUCUUGUCCAGCUCUACUGGAAGUCAUUGCAGCUGAUAAAUUAUAUCCUUAUUGGAUGGUUGGCUUUUGGGGAAAAAGAUCCGGAACAUCAAAUCAGCCAUAUCGAGCUUUUGGUUUCACUUUUGUUUUGGCCUUAGCUUUCGUCCUAAUUGCUCAACUGGACAUGAUAGCCUUGCUGAUUUCGGAUUUCUUCCUUGCUACGUUUGCCCUAAUGAACUUUUCUACCUUUCACGUCAGCUUGAUCAAACCAAUUGGAUGGCGACCAACCUUUAAGUAUUACAACACGUGGCUGAGUUUGCUGACUGGAAUUCUGUCAAUCACCUCCAUGAUCCUCAUCAGUCUUCCAAUUGCAGUGAUAACAAUUGCCAUUGUUCUCUUUUUCUACAUGGUUGUUCUUUACAGGAAACCAGAGGUCAAUUGGGGAUCGUCUACUCAAGCACAAACUUACCGAGCAGCGUUGACCAGCAUUCAACAACUUGUGCACAUUGAGGAACACGUUAAAAAUUACAGGCCACAAAUUUUAGUUCUAACUGGCCUUCCCAACACUCGUCCUGCUUUGGUCGAUUUCGCCUACCUCAUUUGUAAGAACAAUUCGCUAAUGAUUUGCGGCAAUAUCGUCGAGGAGAAAUUAAAGUACGAAACGCGAUUAAAACUGCAGCAGAAAGCUUACCGAUAUCUGCGUUUCACACACAUCAAGGGAUUUUGUGCUGUGGCAGAUAACUCAAAUCUUCAUACAGGGGUGGCUGCAAUGCUGGGCCUGGCGGGCGUUGGUAAAGUUAAACCCAAUAUCCUCUUGAUGGGAUACAAAAACAACUGGUCAACCUGUGAUAGAAAAGCGUUGGAUCAAUACGUGCUGACUAUACAUACUGGGUUUGAAAUGAACGUUGGAGUAGCAAUUCUUCGUCUACAAGAAGGGCUUGAUUGCUCGCAAAUCUUGGCCGAUAUUGACGACUUAAUUGUCAAUAAAUUUCCCAAAGACAAAAGUCAAAAUCAGCAAACGAACGAGUGGUCGGUCACGAGUAACACUUUUGGCGAUUAUCCAACGGGUGUCGACACAACCGUCACAAGCGUGACAAUGUUGAACGAUGAAAACAAGGUCGAGGAAACGGACGACUUGGAAUCGCCAAAUGAUAACGAAGGUAGACGAACUGUGGUACUGGGAGUUACGAAAAGCAAAAAGAGCAAACGAAGCAAAAAACUAGCAAUCACCUACAGGGAUCCCGAAGGAAACGAAUUGCCAAAGAGUGUGAUGAACAAGAUCAUCGUGUUUCAGAAAAAACAGAAAAAGGACACGAUCGACAUCUGGUGGCUAAGCGAUGACGGAGGUUUGACACUUCUCUUGCCUGUUAUUAUCAACAGUCGAUCGAAUUGGUCAGAAACUAAAUUGCGUAUUUUCUGUACGGCUUCUGGUGUUCAUGAACUGGAAAAAGAACAAAAGGGCAUGGCAGUUUUGCUGUCAAAAUUCCGCAUUGAUUACUCUGACCUAGUAAUUAUAAGCGACGUUGACGAAGCACCCAAAAAGAAAACCAAAAAAUGGUUCGAUGGUGUGAUUCGACCCUUCCUACAACCCGGGCCAAAUGGUGCACCACCUCAGGUAACUGAGCAACACCUCGAAAUGUUUCAGUACAAAACCAAUCGUCACCUCAAAUUACGAGAAUUAUUGCUGGAUCAUUCUUCAGACUCCAAUUUAGUUGUCAUGACUUUGCCGAUGCCUCGAAACCAAUCUUUUAAUGCUCCGCUCUACAUGGCUUGGCUGGAGGCUCUGACGGCCAACAUGCCACCAUUCAUGCUCGUGCGAGGAAAUCAGACAUCCGUUCUGACAUUUUAUGUUUAACCUGAUUGGUAUACAUAUAUAAAGGAAAGAAAAAGGUUUGUAAAAAAUCAUAAACGAUUGCCGUCAGCAUUUGCUCACGAACUAGACUGAAAAGCGACCAAAAGGACCAUAACAUCACAGUCUUAAUUGGAAGUGUAAAAAAGUUUAGCCAAUGAAUCAUUUAGCUAU